CACCACUGCACACACAUACUUGAGUAACUUCUGAUCUAAUCUGGAGAUGGAAAGGAGAGACCAUGAGAGGCCACCAGACCAGGACUUAUACCUAGCAGGACCACCAAACUGCAGUGAAGAUAAAAGUAAUCUCACCCAGCAAUCCUUAGAAUGUUCUCCUGGUACCAACACCUCAGACAGGCAACAGCACAUGGCUCCCGUUCUACACUCAGGCCAGUUACAAGACCUCAGAAAUGCUCAAGGGGCUUCAAUUCAUCAACAAGAAAAAUGUUUUGUCCAGUCAGCUGGAUUGACAUCAAAUCCACACAAUCUCUCAAAUGAUCCAUCAAGGUAUCUGCCUCAAAACACAGUAAAUCAUCACUCAGGUGUACGAAGAGAUAAGUCAUCCAUACACCAACAAGAAGACUUUUCAUAUCUAUCAGCUGUGGGAAGAGAACAGUUGUUUGAACUCUCAAACACUCAAGGUUGUCAGAUGCAACUGGCACAGGACAACCCAAGUAACCCUGCUUUGACCAGUUACCCGAUGCAGAAUGCCUCACAUUUUUCAGUUCUGCAGCAAGAACAGCUACAACCCCUAUCAGAGUCCCCAGGUCUGAAGAAAAUCCAGGGUCUUGCAAAUAUUUCACGUCAUGAUUUACACAAUCAACAGAACAUCUUGGAUUCUCCCUGUCUGGAGAGAGACCAGCGACAGUUUCAUCAGUCACAGAGUAAUCUGAAUAAUUCAGCUUUGUUCAGUAACCAGCUGCACAAUGUCUCACCUUCUCCAGUAAAGCAGCAAGAACACCUUGUGGACUCAUCAGGUCUGGAGAGAGAUCAGCAACAGGAUCCUUCAAAUGAUCCAGCUUUGCAGAAACAGCUUCUGCAGGAAGCUUCUGCAAAUAUUCAAAGUCUACAGAUACAUGACACACUGAUUCGCUCAAACAGUUCUGCUUUUCACAGUUAUCAGAUACCCAAUUCAACUCACAUUCAACAGGACCUCUCAAACAGAACAGUGCUACAGGGAGUCCAGCUGCAGGAAUGCACGCAUAAUCCAUUUCUACCAAAAGAUCAGCCGCAGGACUGCUCAAAUAAUCAAGGUCUCCAGGUGCAUCAUUCACAGAGUGAUCUGAAUGACUCAGCUUUGUUGAAUUACAAUGUCUCGUACAGUGUCUCACCUUCUCCAGUAAAGAACCAAGAAAAACAAAGGAACCUUUUGGAUUCACCAGGUUUAGAGAGAAGCCAGGGGCAGGACAUCCCAAAUACUUCAGUGCUUCAGAUACAACAGCAGCAGGAACAUAGCAUAAGUCCCAGCUCAUGGCUAAACCAGGGCCUCUCAAAUAUUUCACUCCAGGAGACCCUACAACAACAGAUCCUCUUCGGUCCUUCAGAUUUGGAGAGAGACCCACAACAGAUGCAUCAGUCACAGAGAAAUCUGAAUGACUCAGCUUUGUUGAAUUACAGUGUAUCACACAGUGUCUCACCUUCUUCCGUAAAGCAGCAAGAAUACCUCCUGGAUUAUCCAGUUUCAGAGAGAGACCAGCGACAGUUUCAUCAGUCACAGAGUAAUCUGAAUAAUUCAGCUUUGUUCAGUAACCAGAUGCACAGUAUCUCACCUUCUCCAGUAAAGCAGCAAGAACACCUUGUGGACUCAUCAGGUCUGGAGAGAGAUCAGCAACAGGGCCUUUCAAAUUAUCCAGCUUUGCAGAAACCGCUUCUGCAGGAAGUCACAGAUGCUCAAAGUCAAAAUAUGCAUCAGUUGUACCAGCCGUAUACUCAAGCUGUACAGAGACAUCAGGAUGAGAACUUCUCAGAUAUGUCAUGUCAACAGAGAAACCAUCUGAUAAACCACUCAGCCCAACCAGGUGUACAGAGACCCCAAUAUCUAUUGAAUCCCCUUGGUCAGCAGAGGGUUCUGGAGCAAAACCAGGGCCUCUGUCCACAACAUCAUAGAGGGCUGGAAUUUUACUGCAGGACUGACAACAUUUUACUCUGCUCACGUUGUUUGCUUCACGGUCAUAUAGGACAUGAGAUACAGGAUUUGGAUCAAGAAAUAGGCCAGGGUUCUAAUAGGAUGCAGCCUACAUUACCCAUCAAAGAAGUUCCUCCACCUGGGUUGCUCCAGUUUUCCUCGGUUCAGGCAGACUCUCUGACAUUGACGUGGUCCCCACCACAGGGUCAUGGGGCCUAUAGAUACAGAGUCAGCUGGAGAGGAGGCCAAGAACAGCACAGUGCUGUGGUGGUGGGUUUCGGUCUGGAGGUGACCAAGCUUCAGCCAGGAGAGAAGUACCACUUUGCUGUUGCCACUCUCAGUGAAGACGGCCGCCAUAGUAUAUGUGUGGAGGACUCUGCAUACACAGAUAUCCCUGCACCAGAACGCCUGAGUUUGGAUCUUCAGGGUACAUAUGCAGUUCUGAAGUGGAUGAAACCACCUCAACUGAACCAGGUGUUAUUCCAGCUGGAUAUCGUCUUAAGAGGACAACAACAAAGGACAAUUCGCACAGAUCAGAUGGAGUACACCCUCAGUGACCUCCAAUAUGGUGCAGAUUACACCAUCUUUCUUUCCACCCUACUUAAAAAUGGACGUCAAAGCAAACCCAUCCAUAAACGCUUUACGGCAGCACAAGAGUAUGGAGUCCUAGAGAUGUCUUCAGUGAGAUAUGACACAUCUCCUGGUCCCAUCAUGGCUAAUCUCCCUGGGAGGGAUCCAACGCAUACAUUCUCAGGCACCCAGAGUGAGGGCACUGGGCCAAGGCCAUACAGCACAACCACUGGGAACUUGACUCAAGCUGCUGAGUUUCAACAUGGUGGAGGGGCUUACCCAACUUCAAUCACCAAAGAGAUUCCAGUCCCAGAGUGUCUGACUGUGAGCUCGAUUACUGCAUCAUCUGCUAGAAUCAGCUGGGAAGUGUCUCCUGAGAUGGAGCAGAUUCCACACGGCUUCCUGGUCUCGUACCAAAUUAAAGGGACUGAGCUAAAGUCCAUCUCUACUGAGUCCUGCAGCGCAGACAUCACAGGCCUCAAACCAGGAGCAAAGUACACUGUUAGAGUCUACACCAAACUCCAACAAGGAGGACGGAGCCAACCUGCUUCUGCUAAGAUGAAAACAGAGAUUCCAGUCCCAGAGUGUCUGACUGUGAGCUCGAUUACUGCAUCAUCUGCUAGAAUCAGCUGGGAAGUGUCUCCUGAGAUGGAAGAGACUCCACACAGCUUCCUGGUCUCGUACCAGAGUAAAGGGACUGAGCUAAAGUCCAUCUCUACUGAGUCCUGCAGCGCAGACAUCACAGGCCUCAAACCAGGAGCUGAGUACAUUGUUGAAGUCUACACAAAACUCCAACAUAGAGGACAGAGCCAACCUGCUUCUGCUAAGAUGAAAACAGAGAUUCCAGUCCCAGAGUGUCUGACUGUGAGCUCGAUUACUGCAUCAUCUGCUAGAAUCAGCUGGGAAGUGUCUCCUGAGAUGAAAGAGACUCCACACAGCUUCCUGGUCUCGUACCAGAGUAAAGGGACUGAGCUAAAGUCCAUCUCUACUGAGUCCUGCAGCGCAGACAUCACAGGCCUCAAACCAGGAGCUGAGUACAUUGUUGAAGUCUACACAAAACUCCAACAUAGAGGACAGAGCCAACCUGCUUCUGCUAAGAUGAAAACAGAGGUCUCAGAGGCAGUGACACCAACCCCACUGUGUCUGACUGUGAGCUCCAUCACUGCAUCAUCUGCUCACCUCAGCUGGAAGGUGUCUCGUGAGAUGGAGCAGACUCCACACAGCUUCCUGGUUUCUUACCAGAAUAAAGGCACUGAUUCCCAGUCCAUCUCCACUGAGUCCUGCAGCGCAGACAUCACAGACCUGAAACCAGGAACUAAGUACACUGUUAGAGUCUACACUGUGUCUUCUGGAAGAGAAAGCCAGCCUGCUUUUGAGGAGAUUGAGACAGAAUGUGUCCUACCUGGUCUGUUGACUUCUUUGGGCCUGGACCAUCUUCAUGGAGGGAAGCUCACGCUCAGCUCAGUGCUGGAGAUCAACAGGAACACAGUGACUGAUGAACCCCCACAGAGUCUGAAAGAACUACCAUGGACCUUCUUAAGAAAACUAAUGAUGUCCAAUUUAAAUUCUAGAAAUAUCAAGUGUGUACAAGACCAGUCAAAAUAUAAUUACAGUUUCUCUGAUGCUAAAGAUGAGUCUGAUGCCAUAAAUCCUGUAGAUUUAAUCACUGCUCUGUUCCACUGUUCAGAUCCUUUCCUCCAGCAGGAAAUGGUCUCCAAAAUGGCCAUGUGCCAGUUUGCUGUUCCAUUGCUGCUGCCAAAUUGUGAUACACAGCAGUGCACUCUGAUGCUGUGGGCCAUGAGAGACAUAGUUAAAAAGUACAGACCUCACUCUCUAUCAGGGGGUAGUACUUUCAUAGAGGGCAGGAUUGUAGAUAUGGACCUCCCCACAGUGUCUUUUGUUAGACUAGGAGAGAGCAGUUUGCCCAAAUCUCAGAUUCUGAACAAGUUGAUCAGUAAUCCUCAUCAGCACAAUGACACAUUUGUCCACCAUGAUAUGGAGUGUGGUGAUGUGCCCAGGAGAGUUUCAGAUGGUCUGGUUGAAGUGAGCUGGUAUCUGCCCAGUGGGAACUCAAACAUUGACGUGUUCACUCAGCCAGUGGCCAUUGCCAAUCUAAGAGGAGACAGCAGAUUGUUUAAGACCCAGAUGUCCUUCCUGCUCCAGACCUCAGCUGCAGUGUUUAUCUUCAGUGAUGACCUGGAGGGAGACCUCAGCACUCUGGCCAACAGAGAGAACAAAGCAGAGCUGUUCCUGGUGACCAGCUCUCAGAGGAAGAACUUCAGCAUGGAGACACUCAGGGAUACAUGCAGGAGACACAGGGUGAAGGAGACAAACGUGAUCAUUAAGAAAAAACAGAAUGAUUCUGAGUUUGUUAAGGCCCUACGUUUCUGUGUGAAUGGAGUCACUCAAAAAAACCCACAUAAAAUUACACUGGAAAACAUGGGCAAGGUUACUCGUCAAGGAAUUUUAGUUGAUGAGCAUUGCGACGAGUGUAUUAAAGGCAAACAAAAUGCUGAAGGUAUCACUGCAAGCAUUCAGGAUGUUGUGGAAUUCAAGAGUGAGCAGUUGCCCUUACAUGGUGAAAUCUGGAAGCAAAUCAGUCAGAUAGAAAAAGAGACGUUCAGGAUGCGGAAAGCAGACAAAGAUAUAGAGAGUUACAAGAGUUCACUCAUAACUGAGAGAAAACAACUCAGAGAGAAGCAACAUCAAAAGGCUGAAUCAGAGGCCAUGGCACAAUUCAUUGCUGGAAUCUCACAAUCAGGAACACAGCGUCUCUUCUUCCUGAAGUGGCUGAAGAUUAUGCUGGACACCCUCUCCAGAAGUAACCUGUCCACCCUCAGAGAGAAGUACAAAGAGUGCUGCAAAAACUCUCCUCAGAACAAAAAGGAGAUCUCGCGCUUAGAUGAGCAAAUUUCUAACUGCUCUUUAGGUCCUGAGCACUUCUUCCGUGAGCUAGGCCAGCUUUAUGAAUGUGCUUGCUCCCUUCCAGAAAACAACCCAGCCAGGCAACAAGUCCGGAAGCUGCCUGCUCUGUGUGCUCAGAUGCUGCUGGACGGGUUUCCAGUUGAGCUGGUCGAUGGAGACGCAUCAAACAUCCCAAUAAAGUGGAUAUCACAGGUCCUGACUCAGCUCCAUCGGCUGGUAGACACCAAAAGUAGGAUCCUGGUGAUGACUGUGCUGGGAGUGCAGAGCACUGGGAAGUCCACCCUCCUCAACACCAUGUUUGGAGUGCAGUUUGCAGUCAGCAGUGGAAGAUGCACCAGAGGAGCCUUCAUGCUGCUGAUGAAAGUCUCUGAGGAAUUCAGAUCUGAGCUCAAUUGUGACUUCAUCAUGGUCAUCGACACAGAGGGCUUAAAAUCACCAGAGUUGGCAGCUCUAGACACAAGCUACGAACAUGACAAUGAAUUAGCAACACUGGUCAUAGGUCUCAGUGACAUCACAAUCAUUAAUGUUGCCAUGGAGAACAACACAGAGAUGAAGGACAUUCUGCAGAUUGUGGUCCAUGCCUUCCUCAGAAUGAAGGAGGUAGGGAAAAAGCCCAGAUGUCUGUUUGUGCAUCAGAACGUGUCAGACAUGUCUGCUCAUGACAGCAACAUGAGAGACAGGAAGAAGCUGAUGGAGCAACUGGAUGAGAUGACCCGGGCUGCAGCUAAAAUGGAGAAGAAAGUAACAUAUACAAAGUUCACAGAUGUGAUGGAAUAUGAUCCUGAUAAAGACAGUUACUACAUCCCUGGACUCUGGCAUGGAACUCCCCCAAUGGCCCCAGUGAAUACUGGCUACAGUGAGAAUGUGUAUGAACUCAAGAGGAGUUUGAUUGGUUCCGUACAAACAUCAGAUGAGGUCAAGAGGAAUAAUGCAAAGGACUUUCUGAAGUGGACUGUGGUUUUGUGGGAUGCAGUGAAAUAUGAAAAGUUCAUCUUCAGUUUCAGGAACAGCUUGGUGGCUGAUGCAUACACAAAUUUAUGCACCGAGUACAACAAAUGGGAGUGGUCUUUUCAGAAAGAGAUGAACUCUUGGCAAUUGACAAAAGAAACUGUUCUAUCCAACUUUGGAAAGACAGGUUCAGAUGACCACAGUGCUUCUGCAAGAGAAUAUCUGAAACAGAUAAUUGCUGAAGCUUCAGGGAAACUUGAUGAAGAAGAGAGAGGAAUUCAUCAAAGCAUAGAAGAGUAUUUCAAGUCUAAGGACAGCAGUGUUGCUUUAGUGGAGAGAUAUAAAGUAGACUUCAAAAACAGUGCGAACUGCUUGCGACAAGAGACAGAGAGCUCCCUGAAAUCCUCCCUGAUGAAGGCAGUUGAAAUUAAAGAAGGUCUCGAACAAGUCAACGCAAUCAAGAACACACAAACUGAGAAAAUAGAAAAAAAGGUUCAAGAUCUGGUGCAAUCCUGCCGAGACAAAAGAAAGGACUUAUCUGAUACAGAUUUGAAGAAAGAAUUUGAGACCAUGUGGAAGAAACUGGUAGCAGAACUGGCUGCAGUCAAGCUCUUAAAGCAAGAUGUUUUCAAGGAGGCUCUACAUGAGUUAAAGCAACACUCUGGGACAAAACCAGGAAGUUUCAAUAUGAAGCUGAAUGCCAGUGAUUUCAAAGCAGCUGGUGAGAAAGAAUUUAUGGUAGAAAGUAGUUGGAUUUCAUUAAAUAUAGGUCAAAAGAUUAUGGAUGCAUUAUUUUUUCAACGCGCCAAAAAAAAACUACAAGAGCAGUGUAACAAAAUCAUUAAAAAUUGUGACGUCUUUGUCUCAGAUAAAGUGAAGAGCAGCAAAAACUUCAAUACAACAUACAUCAGAGAAGUCCUUUACAUGAUCGAUGAACAAAUUAAACAGAAAGACCUCGCUCUGCAUGAGGAGGGUGAAUGUGAGCUGAAGUUCCACAUUUGUUGGAAAGCAGCAAUCAAAUUUCAGGAAAUGCAUGAAAUGUUCAUCAGGAUCAAUGAUCCUAAAACAUGCCUAGAACAAUCCAAAGAAAAGUUUCUGGGGGAGUUCAAAGAUUUAUUCCAUGACAGAGAUCAGUGCCUGAAGAAAGCUGAAGAAUUCACCAAGGACUGUUUGACACCAGCAGUGAAGGACUACAUCACCAAAAGGCUCGGCCAAGAUAUCGCAGAUGAAAUGAUGACAGGGGAUGUGGGGUUGGAUUUCAGCACACGCACUCACUUCCAGUUUGCCAUUCUAAAGCAGCUGCUUGAGGAGGACACCUUUGAACAAUUCCAAGAAUACACACAUAACUACAAAACAUUUGUUAAUGAAUGGAUCUUGGUCAGGAUAAUAGAAACCUUUUCACAGAAUGAUAAGUGGCAAAGACUAAAGCUGAAGCAUCUCUCUGAAGUGGUGCAGAAAAUAAAAGAUGCAAUCACUCAAGUCAAAGAGGAGACUGAGGAGAACACAGACAUGAAAAUGGUCAUACAGAAAAUACGUGCUCAUCUUAAGGACAAACUAACAUUUCAAGAAGAUGAUUUCAUUAUCAUUCUGAAGAAGGCAGACACACAGCAGUUUGCAGAUAAUCUCAUAUACUUCCUCUUAGAAAUGAAGGAUGCCUUAACUAAGGAGUACAACAGCCCAACCUCCCAGGAUGAUCUUCAGGAAGCCAUCAGACAGCUGCCAUUCAAACCCCAUGAGCUCCUCUUCAAUAGACUUUGUGGAUGUGGACAUCAGUGCCCCUUCUGUGGGACACCCUGUGAGGCAGGAGGGGGGGGGCACACCCAACACUUCUCCAGCAUGCACCGGCCUAAAGGACUUGGCAGUUGCAGGUUUGAGCACUCCCAAAAGUUGGUAACUGAUAUCUGCACAACUGCUGUGACCACUGAUACAACAUUUAAGAGUACUAAAACCAACGGAAAAUAUCACCCCUACAAGCAGUACAAGGAAAUCUACCCUGACUGGGAGAUAGAUGGAGAUGCAAGUGUGGAGGCCUCAGACUACUGGAAGUAUGUGAUGAUGACAUAUAAUAAGGAAUUUGCCGAUUCUGAUUAUGCUCUCCCAGCAGAUAUUCCAGAAACCUGGAAAGAGUUGACCAAAGCCCAUGCCAAAAUAGGCUUGAAUAAGUCAUUCAACAUUGUGGAAUACAAAACAGAUGCAGAUUAAGAAUCCUAACCCAGAUGUGCUGAAUUUUCUUAUCAAGACAUGCUUACAGAAAUUAACGAUUUGAAGUGUGGUGGCAAAUUACUGGUGAACAUAUUUGCCACUGGUGGAAAACUUAUCAUUGUUGGCAAACCUUUGUUGGAAGUUUGCCUCUAGGGGCCAACAUUGACAAACUUCUGGCAAUAUUUUCUUGUGAACUCAUUUGUUUCCCACAUCUGCCGCAUAUUCUAUUGGAGGAGGACAUUCACGAUUAUAAGUAAUUUUGUAGUAGCAAAACUAACUAAUGCAACUGAAAUGCCUUCAACAUGUCUAUUUGAUAAUGAAGUAUGCCUGGAAGACUACACUAAAGAACACAAAUGGAUAUGGAUAGAACCUGGUCUUAUUUAAUGUCACAAUUUGCAGCAAUUUUAUUUGCAUAAUUAUACACCAUGGAUGUAGUGAUUAAUGUAGUGAUUCAUGUCAUGUAAUAACAAACAUUAACUCUUGCCUCAGUGUGAUGAGAUGUGAUGAGUGAGUUGCUUAUUCACAUGUUUAGACUCCAGAGUGAUAAAGAAUAAUCAUUUUUAAAUGUCCCUAUCAGACUUUACUGUUGGCAACAGCUCUGAUUACACGACCCCCAUACUCUGACCACAUGUUGUUUAAGGAAGUCUGAUAUGAUUUAGUUUAAUUCUGUGCUGUUACGGUGAAGGUGUAAACUUGUCUUUAUUCUCUCAUUAUAUAAUAUAUGAUUUUGUUUAUUGAUUAAGGUAAGAAAUGAAAUAUGUGACAUGAGCUUCUCUGUUUGUUUUCAUCAAUAAAUGUUGCAGUACAAAUACACACACAAAGCACACACACUCACACACACACACACACACUCUCUCUCUUUCUAAGUUAAAUGUAAAACUCCAUGACUUUUCCCUGACUUUCCUUGGCAAAAGAACCUGAAUUUCCAUUACUUACUAUAUAAUUAUAUAAAUACAUUAGGGCUACUCAACCAAGAAGUAAAGCUAAUAACCAGAUAUGCUCCAAUUCUGCAUCUGAAAUAUUUGAAUGAAUGUAUUAUUUUUGGCAAAUACAUUGAAACUGCUACAACAGAAUCCCAUGUUGUCCCCCAAAAAUGAUACAAUUCCCUGACUUUCCAUGUCUGGAAUAGACUUUCCAAAAUUCCAUGAUAUUCCAGACAUUUCAUGACCCGUGGGAACCCUGCAUACAUACACACACAUUACACAUUUUCAAUAAAUCAUUGUACCAUUUUACUCAAUUUGAUUGGUUUAUCUUUACAUUUAUGAUUUCUUUAUUUCACUCAUAUUUGUCUGAAGUUGGAUGUUGUCAAUGAAGUUGUGUGUGGUCCUUCAUUUUAGUGCAAAGAUCAAUAAAAUUGGAUACACUUGGCGUAAAUUGGUAAAUACUGUGGAUCAGAUUCCAUACUUUGUAGUUUGCAGCAAUAUUUGUCUUGAAAUGAGUUAACUUCUGUUGCUUUUGCUUAUUGACCUGUCCUUGAUUUUGGUGAUGAAUCAAAUAAAUGAUUUUAAAAUC